GGCGCGGCUAAAUAGUCUCCGUCGGCCAUUUUGUGGGAGAAGCCGCAGCGCCGCCUCUUCUUUAGCGUCUUCGUAUCCGUUGCCGCCGCCUCUUCCUCCGCCUCCUCCUUCGCCUCUUCCUGCCUCCUCCCGGCUUCCGCCGCCGCCGCCGCCGCUCAAGCCGCAUCCCAGCCCCGGGGCCAAGCGUCUCUGUAUUUAUUUCCGUUUUUUUCGCCACUGCAGCGUCCUGACACGGUGAUCCGGGCGGGCCCCGCAGGAAUUUUACCCCCACACCGGCCUCACACUAGUAUCGCAUGUCCACUAUCCAGAACCUCCAAUCUUUCGACCCCUUUGCUGAUGCAACUAAGGGUGACGACUUACUCCCGGCAGGGACUGAGGAUUACAUUCAUAUAAGAAUCCAGCAACGGAACGGCAGGAAGACACUGACUACUGUUCAGGGCAUUGCGGAUGAUUAUGACAAAAAGAAACUUGUGAAAGCUUUCAAAAAGAAAUUUGCCUGUAAUGGUACUGUGAUUGAACAUCCGGAAUACGGAGAGGUUAUUCAGCUUCAAGGUGACCAAAGAAAAAACAUUUGCCAAUUUCUCUUGGAGGUUGGCAUUGUCAAGGAGGAACAGCUUAAGGUUCAUGGAUUCUAAAAUGAACCUAAAUACGUGGAGAAUUUCUUGAAUAAUUUUGUUCUCUGACCCAGUUUGGCUGCCUUGUGAAAUGAUUCUCUGCAGUAAAUGGACUUUUCAUUUAUUUAAUCAUUCAAACUUCCAUUCACAUCUGCAUGAUUACAGAAAACAUGGGGUAUGUAGGCUAGUAACACAUAAGAAAAUUGCAGUAAGAUGGUAAUGAAACCCCGUAUUCAUCUUAACAUGUUUCCAAUGGAAAAUAUUUUGUUUUGAGUGUUUAUUUGUUUAUUGUUCAGUUUAUUACUUUUCACUUGAUUAAAUGUUUUUUUGUUGUAUUAAACCAUGUAUGUUGCAGCUUAACAAUAAAAAAAAAUCUAUGAGUCCU